AUGCACGCAGUACUGUGGCACCAGCCAAAACACGCUAAUCGGCACCACUGCAGUCGGCCGGUCGAGCAGCCCGUACUCCGCGGCCACAUUCUUUCGUCUUAUCUCAACAAGGGCCGAGACAAUGCUCCCGAAAAUGCUAAUGGCGUAGCCGAUUCCCAUCCUCUGGAGGGAAGUGAUCCCGACCGGGUUGGAGGUGAGGCGGCGUGCGAGGGGGAGGAGGAGUCGAUCGUAGAGCGGCAGGGUGACGAGAACGGUGAGGAUGGAGAAGAUCGACAUCGAGGCCGGGGGUGGCGGUCCAUGGUGCGUGCCUGUUGGAUCGUGAAGCUGCCGAGGUGUGCGUGGGAGGCGACGAGGAGGACGGCGGCCGACCAUAUGGGUAGGAUUCGGACGAUGGUCUUGAGCUCCUCCACGCGAUGGAUGGUCGACAAUCGCCAUGGGUUGGGCCGGCUGGGGGAUUUCAUGUCGGAGGGUGACGAAAGCACGGCCGCGCGAUCGAGACACCUAAAUUGGUCCGAAUGCAGAAGCGUCCCGUCGAUUGAUAUACGCGCAUCGAGAGCUCUGUUUCGCCGCGACGGCCACCUGCGCGACCCGGACAUAUGGACUCCCCCCGGGCUGGAUCUUUCGGUACAACGACGACCCGACUACGAAAGCCACCAACGACAAGGCCAUGGCGAUGGUGGGAAUGCCGAGGCCCCACGACCAGCUAAUGUUGUCCUGAACAUAAACGACGACAGUGAGGGCGAGGAGGGAGGCCGCUCCCAUGGAGAAGAAGUACCAAUUGAAGAAGUUCCAUGCAGUCGGGUCGGUUUUCUGCUUGGCCAUGUCGAAUUGGUCGGCCGCAAAGGUGGCGACGCACGGGCGAAGGCCGCCGGUGCCGAGGGAGGUGAGGAGGAGGCCGGUGUAGAGGACCCACAACUGGCGGUCGGAGGCCUCCCGACAGUCGACUUGGGUGGGGCACGGCGGGGGACGCAGUUGGGGCAGGAUGGACGACGUUGUGAUUGUUAUCAUUCCCUGUUAAAAAAGCAGUACAAAAACAGANCCAUGUAG